AUGGUGGAGUCUCGAUCGCAUUCGCUUAGGCGCAUCAGCGGCACCAACACGUCCGCCAUGUUGAAUCUGAGAGCUCGCGCCAAUUUCACCAUAGGUAAAAGGAACCUGUCGUACCGCCAGCACUAUAGAGCAAAAUGCACAGUAACAGCUGAAAAGCCCAUUUUAUACGGCGACGUGGCGGCGCCGCCUGUGAGGUUUGUCGCCAUGACAGCCUCUAUCUUAGGCGUAGAACUCGAGCACCGCACUAUAGAUCUAUUCGCUUCGGAAAACAGAACUGAGUCCUACAGGAGAAUUAACCCUCUGCAGAAAGUGCCAGCAUUAGUAUCGGGGGCAGAUAACAUCUGCGACAGUCAUGUAAUAUCGCUGUAUUUAUGCCGAAAGUGGGACCAUUUUAACGUACUGUACCCUAAAGACGCUCUGGCAAAAGCUAAAGUGGACGAGAUGUUGUUCUUCAACUCGUCAACGCUUUUCCCAAUCGACAGUGAGAUUUUUACGAGGUUCUUUUCUGGUACCAAAGCUGGUGAAAGUAAAUGUAACGAAUGGACCAAAGCACUCGAUUUCUUGGAAAAUCGAUUACAUUAUCAUACAUGGCUUGCUGGCGAUAGAAUGUUUCUCUGCGAUAUUUGCGCCGCGUCUACUAUUACUUCAGUGCUGUGUUUAAUUCCAUUAGCGGAUCAUCAUGUAAGAUUGAAAAAGUGGUUAAUAGAAAUCGAAAAACAACCAUUCUUUGAUAUAAAUAAAAAGGGAAUCGAGCGUUUAAUGAAAUUUGUAGAGAUUGCUAAAAAACAGAUUGUAUCU